AACGCAGAAGAACAACAAUCCCUAGGUUAAAUCACCACUAAAGAGGCCUUUUAGUGUUCAACAUCAAAACAACAAGGCUCCAUUUUGGACCUUUUCAAAUCAACUUGAGGUGUAAAUUUAGAGCUGUAUUUGAAUGGUUGGAAGGAAAGACAGUUUGUUCAUUGGUCACAGGGUUUGAAAAGUACCUUAAUAGAACAUAUUGGACAGCUGUAGUGCGGUACUGAGAUCAUCAGAUUCAUUUAUUUACUGAAAUCUGGUUCAAUUGGAACUAAAAACAGAGAAUAUGCUUUUUAUAUGUUUUCGUAAUUUCAAUCGUUUACUGUCUUGUACAUGUUACUAAAAAGUCAGUGCUACUCUACAUCCAAUAUUUACAGCAAAAAUGACAAAAAAUCCUAAAUAUACACUUUAAAAAAACUGCCAGUGGCAUUACAUACAUUUUAAAACACAUGAACAAUAAACCCUUAUCCAUUUUACUGAGGUGAGUCAGUCCCUGGUUGGGGGUGUGGCUCAGGUGUGCUGCAGAGGUGGUAGUCGAGACCUCAGGUAACUCACUGACACUCUCACACACACAACUGGAAGAACGUGUUUACAGUCACUGUAUUCUCUCAUCUCUACCUGACGAGACUAUCCUGGAUAUAUAGAAAACUGGGAAUGCAAACCAUCUUUAUUUGUUUGAACUGCUGUUUUUUGGACUCGAGGACUGAGUUUUUGAGGACUAUGUGUUUUUGAAGAAGGAAUGUUGAAACUUCCCUUUCUAGUAAAUAUUUUAUUGCUCUUCUCUCCCUGCGUCUGCUACUGUUCCUGUCGAUGACAUACUGCACUUUUGGACAACCUUAGAACGAUCUAGACCAUUAACUUUGCAAGUUAGUCCGUUCUGUUUUUGGACAUUUACAAACUACACUCAACCAUGCCGGUGGUCAAAGUGGAGAAAGACAGUCCUUCUGAGAUCUCCCUGCCUGCUCCCACCCCUCCUCAUAUGACCACAACAGUAUCGGAUGAACCGUCGAGGGGCCGUCGCAGGAAGAGACCCCUCCAGCGAGGAAAGCCCCCCUACAGCUACAUCGCCCUCAUCUCCAUGGCGAUAGCCAACUCGCCCAACCAUAAGCUGACCCUGGGCGGCAUCUACAAGUUCAUCACGGAGCGGUUCCCCUUCUACCAAGACAACUCCAAGAAGUGGCAGAACUCCAUCCGCCACAACCUCACCCUCAACGACUGCUUCAUCAAGAUCCCUAGGGAGCCAGGGAGGCCCGGGAAGGGUAACUACUGGGCCCUGGACCCCAACGCAGAGGACAUGUUCGAUAGCGGCAGCUUCCUCCGGCGCAGGAAAAGGUUCAAGCGCUGUGACUUUACGACCUACACGUCAUAUGUACAUGAGUCCCCUGUCUUCACGCCUGUCCAGAUCGCUCGCUCGACCUACUCCAGCUCCGUCUACGGCUCCAAUAUGGCGGUGAGUCCCCCGUACGGCCAGCAUGGUCAGCUACCCUCUGCCUACUACCCAUCCUCCUCACCCCCCGGGUUUGGUCCUCACUGCCAGUCCCACAUGUUCAGCAUCAACACAAUCAUAGGGCACCCCUCCGGGGGUCAGGGGCCCGAGAUGAUGCAGCAGCCCAGCCGGGGCUUCAGUCCAGAGGGGGGCCCCGCUGGGGGACCCAGCCACUGUAACCUCGGAGCCCCAGCCUUCCAGGCCCAGUCAUGUGGAGGGGCCAUGCUGUCCCGCUCCUCGGCCCAUGUGGGGUUUCCCUACUCGGGCCCCAAUGGACACCACCACCACCCACACCACCACCCACCUCAGGGCUCCUACAGCCAGGGACACAGCCAGGGGUAUGGAGGUUCAGGGCGCCUCCACUCCCACUCCUCACCCCACAUGGCUGGAGAUGCUGUGGAGCAUUAUGGGAGAGUGUCCCCGGGUCAGUUGGGCUCGUUGGUCCAGUAUAAUGGUGCAGGUACCACCAGCACUGGAGCCUACCUAAGACACCCCACAUACUCGGGGAACAUGGAUAGGUUCGUGUCUGCCAUCUGAGGAACUGUCUUCAAAGAAUUAUGCAUUGGGUUGGUUUUUAGGACAGAACAGUUUCAGUGGACUUUUCCGUUUCAGUUGGCGGCUGUGAGAGACACUGGUGGGAUGAUAGUGGGAUGGCAUGACUCAAAAAGAAAAGACUAAAGGACAUAAGAUGAACAGGAUUCUUCCGUCAUGUUUUGGUGUGUUAUUUUGACUUGAAUCAAUGUGCAUGUUUUGAGAUAUAAAAUGUCAUUAAUUCAGUGGCUGUGACAAAUAUGAUAUGGACUGCAAUACAAUGUAAACACGCUCAAGUAUCAAGUGCAAUGCUCAGGACACUACAUUGUUAAAUAUACAUUGUUUAAAUCCAUAUCAUGAUGCACCAUAAUGUGUGUACAGUUGAGAUUUGAGUUUAAAGGUUGUGUCUGGACUUGUAUCACUUUGUAGCUUCAUCGAGUGUAUCUCAAAAGCAUGAAUGAGGUUUUGCAGUUUGUUUUCUUUACUGUGGUGAAAAUCUGUGGUUGUAAAAGCUCAAUUUUCAUGAGUUGAAUGUGUGCAGGGUCUUUUAUUAUGUAAAUGUCUAAAUAUAUUUGUAAUGGAAUUUAAACUGUGUAAAUUAUUGUUUCAUUUUGUGCAUUUGAUAAAGAUUUUUUGAAAAAAAUUCUUAAGUAUUUUGUGCC